AACGGACUGUUUUUUAGCCAGCGCGAUGGAGGUGGGGACGACGACGUCCGCGGCCGACAAGUACCGCGCGUCGUUGCGCCUGAACGCAGAGACGGUGGCCAUCUCGCGCGAGGUCGCGUCGGCGCUCGUGAUGCAGUCGGAGCAACUUGACCAGACCGAGACCGCGCUGGACGUGACGCAGCACGUCGUCGAGCAAGCCAACUACGUCGUGCGCGGCAUGUCCUGGUCGGGCUGGCUCGCCAACAAGUUUGCAAAAGAACCUUCGUUGGCGCAUCCGCCUGCGUCGGCGCCAUCCAAAGAGAUCGCGAUGGGCUUCAUCUGCCCCGAGUGCCGCGUCGCGCAGGUGUCGCAGCACGCGCUCAUGGAGCACUACGAGGCGGCGCACACGUCGCUGCCAGCUACGGCGUCCUUGCCAUCAAAGAGAAGCGAUGACCAAGACGACGUCUUUGCGUCGGACAAUGGCCUCACAAAGGAGCAGGCUGCAUACCUCGCGGCGCUCGGGCCGCAGCUUCUUGAACUCAAGCACGCGUCCAAGGGCAUUUCCAACCACCUGGAUAUGCAGCUGGCGCAGAUCGACCGCAUUGAGGCCAAGUCGGAGAAGACAAAGGAUGACAUGCGGCUCGUGACGGCCAAAGCCACCAAGCUCACGAGCUCGCUCCUCACGAUUUCGCCGCAGUUUCGCUGCGCGUUCCAAGAGCUCACGACGCAAAAGUUCGUCGCCAACGUCAACGGCGACCCUCUGGUUUGUAAGGACGCGGCGUCGGCCGACUGCCUCUUCCGCGCGUACACGCUGGCCGACAGCACCGACAUGUGGGGCUUCAAAAGCGAGAGCUCAGGGCUGUUUCUCGGGCUCAACGCGCUCGGCGCCAUGCGCAUCCAAGGCGCGGGGCUCAAGUCGUACGAGCAGUUUGCGAUCGACGUCUCUCGUCCUGAGACGACGCUGUUCAGCUUUGCGAGCUGCUUUGGCCUUGGCGGCUGGGUGAGCAUGCGCCCGGACGGCUCGCUCUUUUGCGUCCGCCGCACGAGCACGAAUAAGGACUUGGCCGCGCUCUUCAAACUCGUGCGUGUCGAAGGCUAGCUGUCGACAUCUUUAUUAUCUAUCUAUCCUGUCCUUCAGUGUCGUUUAUAUGUCGAUACGAUCUCCAGCCGAUGGGACUAUAUGUAAGAGUCUACAGAGCACAAGACAUUAUUGUCAGUGGAAGCAUUGCCCUCGUCCACGAUUUAGCGAAUAGAAAAUAGAAAAAGGCAGUCCCGUGAUCAGCAUUAUUGUCUUGUUUAGGGUUACCGUUAACUCUGUGUCUUUGAGUAUAUAACUAAAGUGGAUCCCUA